AUGCACGGACCACUUGCACUGGUGCUGUUCGCAGCCUCUGCCCUCGCUGGCCCUGCCAUCGAGCAGCGGCAAGCUACUCUUAGCUUGGAUGAGUUCAUUGCUCAAGAGAGGAGAAUCGCAGUUGCUGGUGUCCUAGCGAACAUUGGUCCAGAUGGCGCCUCUGCGCAGAAUGCCUCGCGUGGUGUAGUCAUUGCAGGCCCUGGUAUUGUCAACCCGGACUAUCGUUACACUUGGACCCGCGACUCUGCAAUGACAAUUCACGCCAUUAAUGAGGAAUUCUUUGUCGGCAAUGCCUCUCUGCAAUCGACGAUUGAAGACUACAUCUACGCCGAGGCGAUCAGGCAAACGGUCAAUACUCCUCUGGGCGAUCUGUACCCUUGGGGCACCGGUCUCGGUGAACCGAAAUAUCAAAUCAAUCUCACACGCUUCCAUGGCGUAUGGGGAAGACCACAGCCGGACGGACCUGCCCUUCGAGCCAUCACUCUCAUGGGCUACAUCGACUAUCUGCUCGACAACGGUGGGAUGGCUCAAGCUAAAAGAAUUAUCUGGCCGAUUGUAGUCAACGAUUUACUUUUUGUCGCCCAGUAUUGGAGCAUCAUCAGUUAUGAUUUGUGGGAAGAAGUGGCCGGCAACUCCUUCUUCACGAUCCAGUCCAUGCAUCAUUCAUUAGUAGAGGGUGCACACAUGGCCACGCGUUUGGGCUACACAUGCCCCCAGUGCGAGUCACAAGCUCCACAGGUGGCUUGUUUCCUGGCGAACAACUUCUGGAACGAAACUGGACAGCACGUCCUCGCAAACAUCAACACUCCAGAAGGCUUCAGCCGCUCAGGCAUUGACUCGAACUUCCUCCUUGGAGCGGCCGAGAACUUUGAUAUUGAUGCGCCUUGUGACAACGCUUAUUACCAACCGUGCAGCAGCAGAAUCCUUGCAAGCCACAAGGCGUACGUCGAUUCCUUCCGCGAGAUAUAUCCCAUCAACGCCGGCAGGCCUGCCAAUGGUGCAGUCGCGACUGGUCGCUAUCCCGAGGACACUUAUUACGGCGGCAAUCCAUGGUACAUUUGCACUCUCAAUGCUGCCGAAGUCUUGUACGAUGCGGCCGCCCAGUUCCGCCGCCAAGGCCAGCUCACGAUUGACUCAACUUCCCUGCCAUUCUUUCAACAGUUGUACCCUUCGGCUGCGGUAGGGACUUACAACGCUCCAAGCGGCUGGUGGCAAAGGCACUCCUGGGGUUGGUCUCGUUGGGGCGAAAAAACGUGGGGAAAACCGUCGUGGUGGGGACCAGGCAGAGGCUACGGCAGGGGACGCAACGGCAAUCAAAGAGGCUCGGCUUUCACAGAUAUUCUCGCCUCCAUGACAACCUACGCUGACGGCUUCGUCUCUGUUGUGCGCGAAUACACCCCAGCCAAUGGCUCUUACUCCGAGCAGUACAACAGGACCACCGGUGAGAUGCUGUCCGCAUACGACCUCACCUGGUCUCUCGCCGCCUUUGUCACAAUGACACAGCGACGUAACGGCCAGUACCCAGCAUCCUGGGGCUUGAGAGAUGUAGCUCCUCUGCCGUCGUCAUGCAACACCGCAGGCGCCGGGCCUCAGAACUACGCUCCCGCCAUCGAGGCCGGCGCGCCUCCAGUCGACAUGUCCUGCACCGUACAAAUCACCUUCCGCGUCAAUGCCACCACUACCUUCGGCACCAACAUCUACAUCUCCGGCAACAUCUCCGACCUGGGCAACUGGGCUCCAGAUUACGAACCGAUGACGCCGCCCAGCUAUCCCAUCUGGGAGGCCAUCGUCGAAGCUCCGCCGAAUACGGUCGUCAGCUACGCGUAUGUGCAGCAAAACCCUGCGAACUAUACGUUUGAGGUGGGGAAUAGGACGAUUACUACGCCGGAUUGUGGGAAUGGGAGGGUUCAGUUGAGCACGCUGGAUGCGAUUCGGGGGCCGGGGACUGUCAUUACGGAGAACUAUUGCAAUCCUGAUGUUACGCGUUGUUGGUAG